UGAAAUCCGUGAGUGUAUCAAAAACAGAUCAAUGAAAAUGAAGACCAGAGUACUAAGUCCGGCAUUAAGAAAAGUUGCUAAAAACGAACUUGGAGAAGACCUUGAAAAAAUCGCAGCAGAUCUUAUAGUCUUGAGAGCUUGGGUACAAGAAUUAGGACAAGGGCAACCAAGUAAUCAAUGGCUGAUAGGUUUCCUACGAGGUAGUAAACACAAUGUCGAAAAAGCUAAAAGCAAAUUGGAGAAGUAUUACAGCUUGAAAGUUUCUAUUCCUGAAUUUUAUACAAAUAGAGACCCAAUGGACCCGAAAAUACAAGCCUUACUGGAACAUGGAAUAUAUUUGCCGUUAAGGAAAUGUGCCCGUGAAGACUCUCCUCGCCCCGCUAUCAUCAGAGCAGGCCCACUUUACAAACAUCAGCAUGCAGUCGCUGAUUUAAUCAAGAUAAGUUUCAUGAUCGCGGAAAUACUGCUUUUGGAAGACGACAACUUCACCGUUGCGGGCAAAGACAUAUUAGUCGAUAUGCAAGAAACCGGUUUCGGAUUACUAAGUCAAUGGACUCCGAGCAUAGCUAUGAAAUCAAUGACGUGUGUAGAAAAGGCGUUGCCAAUACGACUGAAACAUAUACAGCUAAUAAAUUCGCCCAGAGGGAUAAUGGCAGCCGUUGCUAUACUGAAAAUGUUUUUGGGAUCAAAAAUGAGGAAAAGGAUUCAAGUUUGCGGUUCCAACUAUGAAGACGUUUAUGAAAAUCUUCCGAAAUCUAUUCUCCCCGAGGAAUAUGGAGGAACUGACGGCAGCGUGCAAGAAUUGAUAGACUACUGGAAAAAUAAGGUGGAGAGCUACAGAGACUGGUUUUUACAUCAGGAGCGGACUUCCUGAAGAUAGUUUUAAGUGGACUUAAUGUUAGUAAAUAUGAUAAAAAUAAUUACAUUAAUAACGUUGGUAAUG